AUUGGGAUUGUUUCAGGAUCUGAUUGGGAUGAAGAUGCUGAGAAAAAAUUGGGCGACCUUAAGCUUUUGUUGUCGGAUGCUGUCGUGGUAAAGGUCUUGAGAGAAGUCCACCAGUACUCUCUCCAGGCAUUAGGAUUUUUCAAUUGGGCUGGGAAGCAGCCAGGUUACGAGCACAGCGCAGUCACUUACAAUGCAGUUAUGAGGAUUCUUGGGCGGGAGGAUUUUAUCGAGCAGUUCUGGAGCAUGGUCGAAGGGGCUGUCCUUACAGGUAAGGUGGAUAAGGCACUGUCCUGUUUUACGAAGAUGAUGGAGAAGAACUUCGAUGCCGAUGUUGAUCUCCUUGAAGUCUUGGUAAAUGGUUUGUGCGGUCAGAAUAAGGCAGGUGGUGCAUACACCCUGUUUGUUGAAAUGGUUGAGAAGGCUCGUUUGAGACCUUGGCAGGCCACGUUCAAGCAUUUGAUACAAAAGCUGCUGGGAGAGGGGAAACUUGAAGAAUCGAUGAAGCUCCUACAUCUAACGAAACGCCACAACUUUCCGCCAAAACUUGAAAUACAUGUUCUAAUGUUGAAAAUUUCAGCAACAAAUCUUACUGGGAAGUUUGACAUUGGUUUAGAACAAGAAGACAUCAUUCCAUUGUUCAUAAUUAGUAACAACAAACAGCAAGUCAACAAACCUUAUAUGUGGUAAGAAUUUCCUGAUGCUGAUGGAUUCUUGCUUGGAAGGCCACUUCUCAAAUGAUGACGGAACUGAGUUGGUGCGAUUGGCUUCUUGUUGCUUGCAAUAUGAACCUCGUGAGAGGCCAAAUGCAAAGACGCUUGUGACUGCUCUUACUUCUCUUAUCAUGCAACACUUUCACAGGGACAUAAUGGACUCAUUAUCCAACAUUGGAGAGUUUGUUAAAGCUUCCUAGUUCGUUGGUCAAAGAUCAGGUUUGUUGGUCUUCACCUACUUGUUUGUCUACUGUCAAGCGGACAUUCUUUAUGAGGAGCUAUUAUUUUUCUGUGAAUGCUAAAUUCUGUAAA